CCAGGUUAAACUGUUGGCAGCAUUUUUUUACUUUGACUUUGUCUUGUUGUUACGCAGAUGUUUCCCCCCCGUUAAACAUCUGCAGGUGUGGACUCUGCUAUGAGUCAGUGUGAGGACAGAGAGGAGGGACCCCCUCCCUCUAAAACCACUCUGUGGGGGGACCAUGACAGCCAGACCAAAGCUCAGAGGAUGCAGCAGCAGAAACCUGGACCUGGACCCAGCUGUGUGUCCAUGAAGAGUGACUGGUCUAUGGAUCGUCCUAUUAACUUUAAAGAUGGACGAGCUGCUGAUGGAAGUCUGCAGGAAAGACCUGAACCAGGACCUGGACCCAGCUGUGUGUCCAUGAAGAGUGACUGGUCUAUGGGUCGUUAUGUUGAGUUUAAAGAUGGACGAGCUGCUGAUGGAAGGAUGCAGCAGCAGAAACCUGGACCUGGACCCAGCUGUGUGUCCAUGAAGAGUGACUGGUCUAUGGAUCGUCCUAUUAACUUUAAAGAUGGACGAGCUGUUGGAGGAAGAGUUCACCAGGAGAGCUAUGAGGGCCUCGGUGGUCAGUCUGACCUGCAGCAGCAAACAGACCUGGACUCCAUAUUUAUGCUGCUGGAGGAGAACAUCGUCACUUUUGUAAAGAACGAGCUGAAGAAGUUUCAGAAGGUUCUAUGUCCAGAUUACCCAGAAUGCUUAGAGAGUCAGAGGGAGGAUAAGGAGGUUUUGGAGGGUGAGGAUAAAGAGCAGAGGAGGAGGAGCAGAGAAGCAUUUCUGAAGAUCACACUGCACUUCCUGAGGAGAAUGAAGCAGGAGGAGCUGGCUGACCGUCUGCAGAGCAGAAGUCUUUCUGAAAUUUGUCAGCGUAAACUCAAGUCCAACCUGGAGAAGAAGUUCCAGUGUGUGUUUGAGGGGAUUGCUAAAGCAGGAAACCCAACCGUUCUGCAUCAGAUGUUCACAGAGAUCUUCAUCAUGGAGGGAGGGGCAGCAGGGGUCAAUGAAGAACAUGAGGUCAGACAGAUUGAAACAGCAUCCAGGAAACCAGACAGACCAGAAACAAUAAUCAGAUGUGAAGACAUCUUUAAAACCCCACCUGGAAGAGAUGAACCAAUCAGAACCGUGAUGACAACGGGAGUGGCUGGCAUCGGGAAAACAGUCUUAACACAGAAGUUCACUUUGGACUGGGCUGAAGGCAAAGCCAACCAGGACAUCCAGUUCAUAUUCCCAUUCACCUUCCGAGAGCUGAAUGUGCUGAAAGAGAGAAAGUUCAGCUUGAGUGCUGUGGACAAAGGUUUACAGAGUCCAAAUGGACACCUGGACUUGUUCCUCCGCUUCCUCCUGGGUAUUUCACUGCAGACCAAUCAGAGACACCUACGAGGUCUGAUGACCUAUGCUGGAAGUAGCUCAGAGACCAAUCACGAAUCAGUUGAGUACAUCAAGAUGAAGAUCAGAUUCAGGAGUGGAGCUGAUGUCUCCUGGACUGAAGAGUCCACACUGCAGACUGGAAACUCUCAGGUUCACACUCUGAGCUCCAACCCCUCCCAUCUGAGAGUGCUGGACCUGAGCUACAAUCAUCCAGGAGACUCAGGAGUGAAGCGGCUUUCUGCUUUACUGGAGGAUCCAAACUGCAGACUGGACACUCUCAGACCUCCAGCCUGUCAGUCUGUCACCAGGGCAUAG